AUGAUCAUCCUGUGGUUAAUAGGAUUCUCACUUGUUUAUGCACACCAUAUCGAAAAAUCCUUUUUCAAGCGUCAUGAAAACAAAUGCCUUCAGAAGCAGUGCGGGUACUACCGCUUGCCUGGAGCAUCAGAUGGAAGAAGUCCACAAAUAACAAUGUUCAGAAAACUGGUGAAACCAAAUGAAUAUCCGUUUGCUGUUCACAUCGACACCAAAUACAAGACCUGUACUGGUGUACUAAUAUCAGAAAACCAUGUCCUGACAGCGGCCCACUGCCUCGUACAAGCGGAGGAUGAAGAAGAAAAGAAACGGUUGUGUGAACAAGGACAUUGGAAUGCAGACAGAGUUGAUAGGUUUAUUUUGGAACCAAUGGAAAUGCGUAUUUAUCCCGGAUCCAGAUGCCCUAAACCAGAAUCUUGUAAACCUGGAAGAAAGGAGUACAAAAGUGAUUUGGCACUUCCACAUCCAGAAUAUAAUAUUUGUAAUGGUGCAAACGAUAUAGGACUAAUUAAACUCUACGAACAUGUAUCGAAAAAUGACGGAGCACCCAUCUGCUUACCAGAGAAGGAAGAAAAGCUUUCUAUUUUCGUAUCUGCUGUUGGAUAUGGAAAUCCCCGACAUACCGAAUUCCGGAGAAAAGCCGAGUUAGGGGUAGUGAGUUUCUGGAACUAUACAGAAAAGUAUGGUGGGAUAGUUACCUACAGUCGGAUAGGGAAUAGUUGCCUUGGUGACAGAGGUGGCCCACUGUUUCACAGCAAUAAGGGCGCCUUAACACUUGUUGGAAUCGCUUAUGGCACAACACCAGAUUGUUCUAAAAAAACCAGAGAGAGUGGACGCUUCUACACUGACGUUCGAAAAUACCUUGAUUGGAUAUGCGAAGAAUCAGACGUUUGUCCCAACAACGAUGAGGACGAAACUGGACCCGGAGAUGGCAACGACACUAAUCAUCUCGGAAAACAAGACGAUACCGAAGAAGCAGAGGAGACUGAGCACUAA